AUGGCAGUUAGUGUUGCCGCUUAUUACACUGGUUGUGCUGUUGGACAGAAGGCAUUCACGAGGAUGUCAGAGCGUAGUCAAGAUCAUUGGUCACAUGUUUGUAUUGCUGCUGGACUAUGUCUGUUGGGCGAUCUCCUCUAUGCAUCAUAUCCCAAACAGAUAGUUAUUGUAACAGGUCGAUUCAUAGCAGGUGUUGGAUCAGGCAAUAUGGUCGGCCUGCAAUGCAUCCUCGUUCAGAACAAUGACAAGGCGACUCGUAUGAGUAGGCUGGCAUGGAUAUCAAACUCAGUGUCAUUGGCGCAUAUUGUCGGACCUGCUUUGAUUGCCCUGUUGUCCAACUUCCAGAUGGACAAGACAUUCAAUGUGUCUGAAGACUAUGGCACCAUAUCAUUCUAUGGUUGGAUGGCUGCAUUCUUCUCAUUGGCUUCACUCAUCCUUGGCAUUGCCGGCAAGUCACUCGACAGAAACAAAGGUCCAAACCUUGAUCGACCCAUUUCAAACAAUGAGAAUGAGAUGUAUCCCUCAGAGUCUCCGGUGAGCACGGGUCAGUAUAGGAACUACUUCAAACAACAGUCUUGUAUACUGUCGCCGAGGAUCACAUUGUAUGCUCUAUGCUUUGUCCACUUCUUGUUGUAUAAUAUUGGAAUGAUUAUGGAGACAAUGUUCAUACCUUAUAUCAUUGACACUGGAGGAUAUAGUGCCUACAAUUGGACAUUGACACAGAUAUCCUUGUUCUUCAUUGGCGUUGGCGUAGCAAGUGCCGUCUCCUCAUACUUUUCACGACGUGUGGACAAUAGAUACUUGUUACUCGUUGGAUCAUUGGCCACUGUAUUCAUUGGCUUUGCAUUAAUGACUACAUGGACCUUUGUUAAAUAUGAAACCGUACCAGAAUCACCAUCUCCCAACAUUGUCCGAUUCAUGCUCGGUGUUAUCCUUGUCUGCAUUGGCUUCCCAGUAUCAGUUAGCAGUUCAAUAUCAUUAUUCUUUGAGAUAAUGUCAACUGUUCACAUUCAAAAUGCAUCUUCUAUAUUCAUUAUGGCCAGUAGCUUUGGAAGACUACUUGGGCCUUUAUGGGCAACAUUGAUAUUCGAUAAGAUUGGACCAAACUAUGACUUCUUCUUUGGCGCAGCGGUCAGUAUUGGAACCUUGAUCAUACUGUUGUCACUGGGACGAUCGGUCACCGACCUUACGGUACGCAGCGGAAACUCUUCCUACUCCAACUCACAAAAGGAAACCUUGAUGAUGGAUGCCAUCAUGGAGGAAGGCGAGGUGCAUCUACACGAAGAUGUAUAA